ACUCAUCACCACCAGUCAGUUGCUUGUUGGAACGGCAGCCUUUUGCAACGUUGAACCUCGAACCGAACUCGUGUCACCGCGUGUUGUGUCGAACCGAUCAUCGAACCGAUCAUUGUCACGUUGGUUACGCCGUAGGUUAAUGUUUGGUUGGCCCUGAAAUUUCGGCGCAACAGUACAACACGCCGUACAAAUAUUGUGUCACAUUGUGACAGGUGAAGUGGUUUAACAUCUUUUAUCAAGGUAGUAGUACUACACUGCUGUACACACAAACCGGCACCGCUUGACAUUAUCGAGCGCAUUGUAUCUGUUGAAGUGCUAGAUCUAAGUGAUCCCCCAAAAACCGUUGCAUCUACCUACGUGCUGUUAAACAUUGUUAGCAUUCCUCGUUGCUGGUACGCGUCUCGCCACAAUCUUUUCACUUCCGUCGCGUGUACUUGCGUGUGGUUCAUAAGCCAAACAAAACAAAAGUUGUGUAAAUCCCCUCUAAGCUAACAGUGAACUAUGAAUUCCAACGCCGUCGCACUGCUGCUGUUCGUAGCGCUGGCCGUCUGUAUCGGUGACAGUGCCGAAAUUCCACCGCUACCGGUACAGGACGACCAAACGACCGGUGGCGCAUCGUCCGCGGAAGCGCAAGAAUCAUACAUGGGUGUUAAGCUGUACAAAAUGGAACGACCCUGUGCAAUGCUUGGAGGUAUGUGCGUGAAAACCAGUGAGUGCAACUCCCGCCCAGCAAAGGAAGGUCUCUGCCCGGAAAAUGGACACCUAGGUGUUGAUUGCUGCUAUGAAGUAAAACCAGCGAAAAAUCUUACCUGCCACGAGUACCGCGGAGCGUGCAUGGAUCAAUGCGCCGAAGGAUUACAGCGCCCGUCCGUCGAUUGUACCGAUGGCCAAAAGUGCUGCGUUUUGGUUGGUUAAUUUUUGCCCUGUUUUUGGAUAAAUGUUUCGUUUGUUCGUAAUCCACCAUCGUAAAAGUAGCUGAAGCGUGGAGAAAAGAUUUUACGAAACAUGAAGGAUUGAUUGUUGCUGUCUGAUGUUUCUUCACAAAAAUCGAAACAUUCAAAAUUGUAUCUCGCUAAGGUUAGAGCAUCGGUUUUAGAGAUAAAACAUAUCAAAAGAAGCUAUUUAAAAACGAUAAAAAAUUAAAGCAUAAACCAAAGCAAAUGGGGUAUAUUCA